AGCGAGCGUUCUGAUUGGCUACUGUACACCGACCAGCAACAAAAACAAGCGGAGCGACCUGGACGGCGCUCGGUAGGACAAGCCAGCAAUAUUCAGCAUACUUUCAUACGUUUACACGGUGUUUCAGUUUGUGGCCUCAAGUCCUGGUGAGGGCUUGUCUAGGGAAACCCAGCCCAAGACCCGGAAGGCCUCGGGACUAGAUUUAGGCUUCAUGCCUGAGUUCCACCUCCAUCUGGAUGACUUGGGGGGCUCAGACACAGAACACAGAGGCUGUGUGUAGCCAUUUGGUGUCCAGAGCUGGACUGCAGCAGGACCUUCAACCUUUAGUUGGGAGAGCGAGAGACGAGAAGACAAAUGGAGUCCGAGGACGAAGGAGGACGCACUCUGGUGCAAGUCAUCAGUGAGAAAUACAGCCCAGACAACUUCCCAUACUGCAGAGGGCCCGGUGUUGGUGUGGUGAUCCGCACCAGUCCUCAUGGUUCACCUGUCAAAGAUCGUCUAAAUCUACCCUGUGUGUUGGUUCUGGAUGGUUGUGGAAUCAGUCAUGCUGGAGAUGAAGAGGAGGUGGCCAGAUUUUGCUCUCAUGUGGUGGAGUUGGACCUGUCUCACAACCAGUUUAAAGACUGGGCAGAGAUAAGCAAGAUCCUAUCUAACAUCCCUCACCUGGACUUUCUGAAUCUCAGUAUGAAUCCUCUGAAGGGGUCCAACCUGGAGCCUGGAGGUGCUGAAGCAUUCUCAGGGUUACGUCGCCUUGUGCUCAACAACACACACGUCUCCUGGGACAUGGUGCACACACUCACACAGGAGAUCCCUGAGCUGGAGGAGCUGUUCCUGUGUCUGAAUGAGUAUGACUGUGUGAACUUGUCUACAGUAGCCUGCUCUUCCCUGCGCCUACUGCACAUCACUGAUAAUCAGCUUGAGCAGUGGGGCGAGGUGCGCAAGCUGGGCCUCAUGUACCCUGGACUGGCCUCUCUCAUCUUGGCAAACAACUCGCUCUCGUCCAUCCUUGAGCCUGAAGACUUGCUGCAACGCCUCUUCCCCAAUCUGCACAGUAUCAAUCUGCACAACUCAGGCCUAAGCCGCUGGGAGGAUAUUGAGAAACUGAAUUUCUUCCCAAAGCUUCGGGAAGUUCGUCUGAUGGGUAUUCCCUUGCUGCAAACCUACACUGACCAGGAGAGACGCUACCUUAUGGUAGCACACUUGCCUUCUGUGACUGUUCUGAAUGGAAGUGUUGUGACAGACGGGGAGAGAGAGGACGCAGAGCGCUUCUACAUCCGCCACCACCUGGACUGUCCUGAGGAUGAGUUACCACAAAGGUUCCACACUCUGGUGGCCCGUUAUGGGCACCUGGCACCACUGGCGGAUGUGGACCUGCGACCAUUAAGCUCUGCCCAGGUGGAGCUACGAUUUGGUGACCACUCUGAGCAGCUGGAGCUCCGGCUGGACCAGACCGUGGCCGACUUAAAGAAGCAGCUCAGGCCUGUGGUGCAGCUACCAGUUAACAAGAUGCGUGUUUACUUUAUUGAUCAGCAGCUAGGCUAUGCUCUAGCACCUCAAGAGCUCAAGUAUGGAGGCCGAGCCCUUCAUUCCUACAGCAUACGAGAUGGAGACGAGAUCCUGGUGGUGCCCAAAACCCCUCCACUCCUGAACCUGUGUGGAUGGUACCCAGUUGGAUGGGACUGGAAGGCUGAUGCCACAGGUGAGGUGCUGAGCUUCCAUCCUUUGAAGGCAGCUUUCUCUCAGGAUACCCUCUAUCCCUACGGACCAGCCUUUAGGGACUUAGAAACCCCAAAGAUGGAUGAUGGCAGUUCAACAGAAAUUCCUCUACUAAUUCCAUUUAUGUUCUUCAAUGUCCCCUACCGCUCCCUAUAUAUAAACAACAACGGCGUGAUCUCCUUCAACAUUCCAGUAAGCCAGUUCACUCCUGAGGCUUUCCCCCUCAGUGACAGCCGGUCCUUUAUUGCUCCCCUAUGGGCCGACGUGCACAAUGGUAUUCGCGGAGACGUGUACUACCGUGAGGUGAUAGAGCCAGAGAUCCUGGAGAGAGCCACUCAGGACGUCAGGAAAUAUUUAAAGAACAUGGCAUCCUUUACUGCCACCUGGGCCUUCAUCGCCACCUGGAGCCAGGUCACCUUCUAUGGCGGCAGCCAGACAACACCGGUGAACACAUUCCAGUCAGUAUUAAUCUCAGAUGGAGUGUCAUAUUUUGCCAUGUUUAAUUAUGGAGAAAUCACAUGGAGCACAGGGACAGCUAGUGGGGGAGACCCUCUUACUGGCCUGGGAGGAACAACUGCACAGUCAGGUUUCAAUGGUGGCGAUGUUAGCCACUUCUUCAACCUCCCUGGCUCCCGCUCAAAUGAUGUGGUCAAUAUUGAGCAGACAACAAAUGUCAACCUGCCUGGCCGCUGGUUCUUCCGUGUUGACGCAGACCAGAUUGACCCAGCCAAUGGCUGCAGCUAUAAUGGGCGGUAUUAUCGACGUGGGGAGGUAUUUUGGCUGUCGGACCAGUGUUCUCAGCGCUGCAGAUGUUUGGAUGUGGACAAUGAAGUCAUUUGCCAGGAGGCUCCAUGUGGCCAGUUGGAGACAUGUGAGCAGCAAGAGGGCGCCUACUACUGUCAACCCACCCGAACAAGCACUUGUGUAGUAUUUGGAGACCCACACUACCACACAUUUGAUGGCUUCCUCUACCACUUCCAAGGUACCUGUUCAUAUCUAUUGGCACGUCCAUGCUGGGAGGUGCCUGGUCUCCCAUCUUUCAGUGUUGAGGCCAAGAAUGAAAACCGAGGCAUGGCGUCUGUGUCUUGGCUAAGAGAUGUCACUGUGGAGGUGUAUGGCCAUCGAGUCACGUUGCCCAAAGGAACGUUGGGCACUGUACAAGUGGACAGCCUCUUGAAGACUCUACCUGUCCAACUCCAGUUAGGUGCUGUCAAGGUGUACCAGUCUGGUGUUGCAGUUGCUUUGGAAACUGACUUUGGUCUCUUAGUCACAUAUGAUGGGCAACACUAUGCUUCCAUCUCCCUCCCCAGCUCCUACUUCAAUAACACUUGCGGCUUGUGUGGUAACUACAAUGAUGAUCCUGCUGAUGACCCUGUUUUGCCAGAUGGUUCACUAGCGGAGAGUGUUGUUGAAUUGGGUGGUAGCUGGCGAGCAGAGGACACUGAUUUCCGCUGUACAGAUGGUUGUGCCCAGAACUGCAGCAUAUGUGAACCAGCUGCUGAAGCCUUCUACUUUCGGCCUGACUACUGCGGUCUCAUUAAUAAGACUGAUGGGCCUUUCAGAGAUUGUCGGGCUGUGGUGGACCCCACUGCAUUUGUCUACAGCUGCGUGUAUGAUAUGUGCAGCAAUCGGGACAAUAUUACAACACUCUGUCAGGCUAUACAGGCAUAUGCUUUGGCUUGUCAGGCAUUGGGGGUCACCAUCAGACCCUGGAGGUCACGCUCCUUCUGUGCAUUGACAUGUCCAGAAAACAGCCACUACCAGGUCUGCACCAGCGCUUGCCCGGCCUCCUGCUCAGACCUGACCUCUCACCUGUACUGCACACAUCCAUGUACAGAAGGUUGCCAGUGUGACCAGGGAUUUGUGCUGAGUGGUAGCCGAUGUGUACGACGCUCUGAAUGUGGCUGUGAGCGCAAUGGCCUCUACUAUGCCCUCAAUGAGACCUUCUGGGCAGGUGAGGGGGGAGAGGUGGGCAGCGAGUGUUUCCAGCGCUGCGUGUGUGGCUCAGCAGGUGAGGUCACCUGCUUUAAUGACUCCUGUCGAGAGGGCGAGGUAUGCACAGCAGAAGUAGGGUUGCUAGGAUGUUACCCUCGUAGAGAGGCUGUGUGUUCACUGUCUCAGACACACGUCUUGGCCACGUUCGAUGGGUCAUCCAUGCCUUUCCCAGACGAGAGCUCUUUCUACCUAGUAAAGACUUUGGGCCGACUGCCGGUCAACGUGUCAGCAGUGGAGGUGAAGAUUGGAAGGAAGUUGGUGAAUAAAGGUCCCACCUGGAUAAGGCCUGUAGUUAUCAGGGUUGCGCACCUGGAAACACAGAUAGGUGGCUCUGAUUUCGACCUCAUAAAGUUAAAUGGUGAGCCAGUGAUCCUUCCAUAUGUCCACCCACUGGAACCUCUUAUGGUGUACCGUGCUUCCAGUAAUACGACUGUAGUGGAAUGGACAGGUCUAAUUAGUGCUCGUUACUCCCGCCAAGGCUUCGUCAAUAUCACCCUCUCCACUGUCUUCUACAACUCCACCUGUGGCCUCUGUGGCUUCUUUAAUGGAGACCCAUCCGAUGACUUCCGUCUGCCGAGUGGAAGGCAGGCUGACACAGCUGACCAGUUCAUUGAAGGCUGGAGAGCCAUUGCUGAUGACCUGACGUGUAAUGGUGACUGUGAUGACCUGUACCGCAUGUGUACAGACCUGCGGUUGUAUCAGAGCCCAUGGCUUUGUGGCAACAUAAAUGACCCAGGGAACAGUUCUUUCCUUGCUUGCCACUCAGCUGUCAACCCCUCACCCUUUUUCAGGAAUUGCCUGUAUAACAUGUGUGUAAAAGAGGGCAACCGCUCUGCCUUGUGUUCUUCUCUGCAGGCCUAUGCUUCUGCAUGUCAAGAUGCCCAGAUCAAUCUGGGGCCCUGGAGGAGUGCCACCAAUUGCCCGCUGCCAUGUCCGGAGAACAGCCACUUUGAUGAGUGCACCACGGCAUGCCCACUGACCUGUGAGAACCUGGACGAGCCAGAGGAACCAUGUCCAUUCCCUUGCUCUGAAGGCUGUCAGUGUGAAGAGGGCUAUGCUCUCCGUGAUGGUCUUUGUGUGGCCCGGAGUGACUGUGGCUGUUUCUACCUUGGCCGACAACUGGCCACAAAUGAGACCUUCUGGACCGACUGGGAAUGCCAAGAGCGCUGCUUCUGCAAUGGGACUGAUAACAGUGUGUACUGCACCUUCUCCCCAUGCCAGCCAGAGGAAUACUGCCAAGAGAAUGAGGGGCUGUUUUUUUGCCAGCCUCGGACUGAGGCUAUGUGUGUGGUAGCUGGAUAUGGACACUUUUUACCCUUUGGAGGUGUACCAUUUGACCUUCAAAGCAGCUGCACACUUCGCUUGGUGACUACGGAUGCAGAGAUGGGUCCAGGUGGCCUACCUCGGUUCCAGCUCUCAGCCCGUAAUGAGGAGCGGGACACAGGGCAGGCCAUCUGGGUGCGAGGCUUUGUAUUGGAUGUGUAUGGUUAUGAGAUAGAGGUGUCAAGGAGCUUCAAACAUACAGUCACGGUAAACAAAGAGCGUUUAUACCUGCCCUUGAAGUUGGGCCCGGGAAAAGUGAAUAUAUAUACCCUGGGCUUACAGUUACUGGUGGAGACUGACUUUGGACUGAAGGUGGCAUUUGACUGGAAUACCCUACUGCUGCUUUUUCUGCCCCGUAGCCUCUUUAAUGCCACUUGUGGGUUGUGCCAGGGAAUGCCAGUGUCUGGUCCUGCCCUUAGUGUCAGUGAAUGGGGUAUGAUUUGGGCAGAGCGUGACACCUUCUGUCAAGUUGGGUGUGGGGACUCCUGCCCUCGCUGUGGAUUGGUUGAAAGAGGCCUAGCAGCAGUGAGGCUGUGUGGACUUAUUAUUGAUCGUGGAGGUGUUUUUGCCCGGUGCCACAGCAAAGUGGCACCAGCGUACUUCUACCAGAGCUGCCUGCAGGAUACAUGUGUGGACCAGGGAGCACGAGAGACUAUCUGUAACUGGUUACAGAUUUACUCCAGUACAUGUCAGACACAGGGAGUGCCUGUAAUUGGUUGGAGGAGCUCUACUCCCUGUGUGCUAUCAUGCCCAAUGAACAGUCAUUACUCCAGCUGUAUGAUGGCAUGCCAGCCCCAGUGUGCGCCAGCGCGAGGCCAGAGGGACUGCAACCAGCACUGUGUGGAGGGCUGCCCGUGUGACCAGGGCUAUGUGCUCAAUGGCAAGAGUUGCAUUCUUAAUCAGAACUGUGGCUGCUACACUGAUGGCAAGUACUAUGAGCCUAAACAGUUGUUCUGGAACAGUGAUUGUACCAAGCGUUGCCAGUGCAUUGGUCGGAACCUGAUCCAGUGUGACCCACGUCGCUGCAAGGCCGAAGAAGAGUGUACAUUGCGCCAUGGUGUCCGGGGAUGCUUCGUCCGCCGCAAUCAGCACUGUGUAGCUUCAGGUGGUGGAGUUUUCCGCACGUUUGAUGGUGCCUCCCUCCGCCUGCCUGCCUCCUGCUCAUUUGUCCUAUCCACCAUCUGUCACAAGCUGCCUGAGCUAUCCUUCCAACUUAUUGCCAACUUCGACAAAUGGAGCACACCCAACCUCACCACCAUUUCCCAUGCCUACCUUUACAUCAAUGAGGAAAACAUCCUCAUUUCUGGCAGCACCGUCAAGGUAAACGGGACGCCUGUGUCGGUACCUUUUGUAACGGGCCUAAUGACCCGAGUCUCCACAUCUGAGGGCUUUCUGGUUAUCGACACUCCACAGGACAUCCAGGUUCGGUAUAAUCGCUUCAACACACUCAGCAUCACCAUGGGACCACGGUUGCAGAACAAGGUGUGUGGACUGUGUGGGAAUUUUAAUGGUGACCCCACUGAUGAUUACAUCACCUCUCGUGGCAAACCAGCUGUUAGUGCCCUGGAGCUUGCCCAAAGCUGGAAAACCAACGGUAUGCAGAACAGCUGUGAUGAGACUCAGUAUGUGGCUCUGGCCCAGUCCUGUGACAACACGGCCAUCCUAGAUCUACAGGGGGAGGACAGCUGUCUAAAACUCACCCAGCUGAAGGGCUUCUUCCAGCCGUGUCAUGGCCUGCUGGAUCCCGGGCCCUUCUACCAGUCCUGCUACCUGGAUGGCUGCUACAACCAUCGCAAGGCCCAAGUGUGUGGUUCCAUGGCCGCCUAUGCUGAGGCCUGCCGCUCUUUUGGCACUCUCACCACCAAGUGGAUUGCCCAGGAGAACUGCUCAGAAUGGAUCUAUGACCCCUGUGCAGGAGAGAUCUGCACAAACAAUACAUGUGAGCAGGAGAAUGGAGGAGACCUGUGUGGCUGCCCAGAACUGCCCAGCACUGAUAUUGGUGAGGACGACAUUAUCCAGGCCGAGGUAACAUGCAAACAUGCACAGAUGGAGGUGUCCAUCUCUAAGUGUCGUCUUUUCCAGCUGGGCUUUGAGAGGGAAGAUGUGCGCAUAAAUGACCAGCGCUGUCCUGGUAUUGAGGGAGAAGACUUCAUCUCCUUCCACAUCAACAACACAAAGGGACACUGUGGCUCCAUUGUGCAGUCAAAUGGAACCCACAUUAUGUACAAGAACACAGUGUGGAUCGAGAGCGUGAAUAACACAGGGAAUGUAGUGACACGUGAUAAGACCAUCAACGUGGAGUUCUCCUGCGCCUACGAGCUGGACAUUAAGAUCUCCUUGGAGACAGUGCUCAAGCCCAUGCUGAGUGUUAUAAACCUCACUCUUCCGACCCAGGAGGGAAACUUCAUCACUAAAAUGGCGCUGUACAAAAAUGCAUCUUACCGACAGCCAUACCGAGAGGGCGAGGUUGUGCUUAGCACGAGGGAUGUCCUCUUCGUGGGCGUGUUUGUGGAGGGGGCUGAUGACAGCCAGCUCAUCCUCAUAGUAAACAUGUGCUGGGCCACGCCAUCCCGCUACAGCAGUGACCGCCUCCGCUAUAUCAUCAUAGAGAAAGGGUGUCCCAACAUUAAGGACAACACUAUAGGCAUGGCCGAAAAUGGCGUGUCCCUGACCUGCCGCUUUCAUGUCACUGUGUUUAAGUUCAUCGGAGACUAUGAUGAGGUUCAUCUGCACUGUGAUGUCACAUUAUGUGACUCCGAGACCAACGCGUGCAAAGUGAACUGUCCACACAACAAAAGGAGCUAUUCAGACUAUAGCCAGCAAAAAGAGCACAUAUUGACGGUGGGACCAAUUAGAAGACGAGAGUCGGACUGGUGUGAAGAGGGUAAUGGUGGUUGUGAGCAAAUCUGCACCAGUCAGGUAACUGGACCUGUGUGCAGCUGUGUGACAGGAAUGCUGCAGAGAGAUGGAAAGAGCUGUCGUGCUACCAGCUCCAGCAAUGAUCUCCAGCCCCUGGCUCCCUUGGUUGCCAUUGGCGUUGGCGUCGCACUCCUGAUGCACACACACACCUCCAUGCUUUUCUCGUAACGCUAACUGAACCAUGGCCACACAAAGGAGAAGGGGAGCAAUGGCAAAAAACAAGAGAGGCAGAAAGAGAGAAACAGAGAGAAAGAACAAAAAGAGAGGAGUGCAUGUAAUAACCAUACACUGCAGGCCAGAGGAGCGCUAAACAUCACCAGCAGCUUUUUUCUAUCUGCAAAGAACUGUGACCAAACCCCACAAAGCUGUGGAAGCCAAUGUCCAGCUGUAUGAACGCACUCC